AUGCCAGUGUCAAUUAGCGCAGCUACUCUAAAAUCAUUCAACAAAGCCGGUACAGUAGCUUUACUGAGUCCUGGAGAUGACUGUCAUUUGAAAUUUAUCAGUUUCCACAAAAAAGGCAACGGAUCUGCAGCCAAAGUUGUGGAAGACAGUGCUGACAUGUUGAACGUUAUAAAGGACAUGUACAAUGGAACGCAGCAUCCCCUACUGGCUAAUACAGAGGCUGAUAUCUUGACGGGAUGGUGGCGCGAUGAGUUGUGGAGAGCUGAUGUGAGGUACGCGGCCGCGGUUGCAAUGGUUCUAGCCGGAUUUAUUGAUCGACUCAACGAUCACUUUAUGAUACUGAGCAAUGACAAUGCAUUUCUCAGCUACUAUCCGCACUUCUUCACUCAGAGAACCUUGUUUGCCAGAUUUCAAAUGAACAAUACCUUGGAUAAACAUAGUCAGUUGUUUGAAAAGCCUGUCUAUUCCGUCAUGGGUAUGUUGGCAUAUCUUGGAGAGCAAAAACUAAGAUUCGCCUCAACUAAUGAUGACAGACUCAAAGUUAUCGCUACAAGGAGUCGAAUCGGUGGUUCCAGUCUAUCAAUAUCAAUUAUGUUGAUAUGGUCAACUGAUAGUAUGGAUAUUAAUACAACAUUGAUAACUAUUCCGGUCAACAUAUUUUUGCCGAAUAUCUCAGGAAAAUAUGCAGUAUAUAAAUUGGAAAAUAGUGAGGCACAUCCAAGUGCUGUCUGGUCAGAGGCUGGCUGUCCUGUUUAUCCAGACUCCGAGCUGAGAAGCAGAAUGAGAAAAACACAGGGUACCCAUCUUUCUACCCUUGGAAGCUUCUCUCGAAUUCGUUCGUUGGAUUUGAAAGUUCAAGUAUCAAUGCCGAGUAUCACUCUUAUAAACAUCUGCGAAGAUGGUGGCGUGAAUGCAGCUUUAUAUAAGGUAAUUUUAUAAUAAUAACAAACAAUCAACUAUCAGUAGUUUAUACUGAUAGUUGUAUUCAAAGAGAAAUAACCCGUGCCUUUUUCGAUUUAUGCAAAUUGAACAUAAAUGGAUGGUUUUUAUUAAAGUAACUCUAUAACCAUACAAUCA